AUGCCGGAACUCCAGAAGACCAUCGUGGACAACUUUGACUGGAACUUCUUCCCGGCUGCCUUUGACGUGGAGUUGACGCACCAGAGCGACAGCUUCCAGCUGGCCUCGGUCUAUGGCACUCCCUUCGACCUCCGGGAAGAGUUGCUGGAGUCGGACUGGAUGCCCGAUGCACAUCGAUUCUAUCCUGCCGACUUCAAGGCUCGGGUGAAGACCCUGCUGCUGUGUCUUCGCAGACACCCCCUGGCUUUGCCAAUGCCUGCUUUGCAAAGCGUUUGUGGAUUCCUGUCCUGCGGCGUGCGAAGCAUCACGCGUGUGGACACGGUCUUUCCCAGCGGCGUGCAAAGUGACGGCGCGGUGGACGGCGGACUGAUACUUCUUCGCCUCAAGGGCGCGAGCUCGGGGCUGGUGCGACUCACUUUGCGCUAUGAGGCCAACGGGCAGCGCGUUGCGCGUUGCCACGACGUGCGGGUCACCGCUGAUGCCGGCGAGCUGGACGGUGCUAUUCAGAAAGGUGUUGCCCUGCAGCGCUACGUGGAGAGUUGCCGGCGGUAUUUGAUGCUACGAACUCCUGUUGCUCCAGAUGACCCAUUCUAUCCGGAGUACAAGGCCAGUGUGACCGCUGCCUUGCAGCGGUUGAAGGACUUGGCCACGGAAUUCAGCGAUCGCGACGUGGACGCGCAAUGUCCGGGACUUGUGCAGCAGCUGCAAGAUUUCCUGGAAAUGGCCGACCGGCAUGCCGAAGACGUGCUGAAACCGCUGCCGGACCAGCCUGAGCCCGCACCUCCGAACGGAAAGGCUUUUGGUUACACGAAUCCGACUUCCUAG